CCCAGUGAGGAGCAGACCUCGAGGGGUCCCCGGCUCCAGCUUUGGAGGCGACCGGGGAGCUCGGGGAGCCGUGGAGGAGGCCCGAGGGACGGGGGCGAGCUCCGUGAUCGUUCACCGGCCGCGGCUUCUCUUGCCCCGGGCAGGGCCCCCAGGAUGGAAACCAUCAAUCUGCACCUCCCGAGAAGGUCGGCUGGGUCCGGAAAUUCUGCGGGAAAGGGAUUUUCAGGGAGAUUUGGAAAAACCGCUAUGUGGUGCUGAAAGGGGACCAGCUGUACAUCUCGGAGAAGGAGGUAAAAGAUGAGAAAAAUAUUCAAGAGGUGUUUGACCUGAGUGACUAUGAGAAGUGUGAAGAACUCCGGAAAUCCAAGAGCAGGAGCAAGAAAAAUCAUAGCAAAUUUACUCUUGCCCACUCCAAACAGCCUGGUAACACGGCACCCAACCUGAUCUUCCUGGCUGUGAGUCCCGAAGAGAAGGAGUCAUGGAUCAACGCCCUCAAUUCAGCUAUCACAAGAGCUAAGAACCGCAUCUUGGAUGAGGUCACCGUUGAGGAGGACAGCUAUCUCGCCCACCCCACUCGAGACAGAGCAAAAAUCCAACACUCGCGCCGCCCCCCAACUCGGGGACACCUCAUGGCUGUGGCUUCCACCUCUACCUCAGAUGGGAUGCUGACCUUGGACCUGAUCCAAGAGGAAGAUCCUUCCCCUGAGGAGCCAACCUCUUGUGCUGAGAGCUUUCGGGUGGACCUGGACAAGACAGUGGCCCAGCUAGCCAGCAGUCGGCGGAGAGCUGACUCGGACCGGAUCCAGCCCUCCUCGUACAGGGCAAGUAGCCUUCCUCGACCUUGGGAAAAGCCAGACAAGGGGGCCACCUAUACUCCCCAGGCACCGAAGAAGUUGACCCCCUCAGAGAAAAGCCGCUGUGCCUCCCUUGAGGAGAUCCUGUCUCAGCGGGACACUGGCCCAGCCCGAACCCUCCACCUGCAAGCUGAGGAAUCCCCAACUCCUAGCCCACCCCACCCAGGACAGCUGUCCCGGAUCCAGGACCUGGUAGCAAGGAAACUGGAGAAGACUCAAGAGCUGCUGGCAGAGGUUCAGGGACUGGGAGAUGGCAAGCGAAAGGCCAAGGACCCUCCACAGUCUCCACCUGAUUCUGAGUCGGAGCAGCUGCUGCUGGAGACAGAGCGGCUGCUGGGAGAAGCGUCGUCGAACUGGAGCCAGGCAAAAAAGGUGCUGCAGGAAGUCAGGGAGCUAAGGGACCUGUACAGACAGAUGGACCUGCAGAGCCCUGACACCCACCUCAGACAGACCACCCAGCACACUCAGUACCGGAAGAGCCUGAUGUGAAAGGAGGGGUCUGGAACUCAUGGGGGACAAACAGACUUAUCUCCAAGUGUUGCAGGAUGAAGCUUUUUUAUUUACCUCGAUCAAAAAAAAAAAAAUCAAACUCAUUGUUUUUGCUGAUGUGUGAUGCCCUCA